AUGGAUUGUCAAGAAUUCAAUAAUCAUGAAACAUUUUACGAGGUAUGGUUUUGUAUGGUAUUAUGGUUACGGUUUAAUAUUAAUCACAGUGAAAUAUAAUUUAUCCAUUGAACUGACUUUUUUAAGGCAAGAGAUGCAACAUUAGAUGAUGAGGAGAGCCAUCACAACAUUGCAAAUCUUGAAGAACCCAAUCAAGUAUGCAUAUUUUUUAGUGAUUUUGGCAUUAACAUUUCAAAUAAAAAUUAACUCCUAAAUUGAUACAAGAGCUAAACAAAUAAAUAGUAGCUUUCUUUUAUAUACAGGCAACAGAUGUAACUAUAAUAGAAAAUAGAAAUCCAACUGACAUUGAUAGCGAUAAAACUGGACAUGAAUGUAUUAUUUGCAAGGCCGGUCAGGAUGAGUCAUUAAAAAUGUUUGUGGAGAAAACAUGGGGAACACUCAAAAGGGCGGCAGAGUACAGGCUUGCCCUUAAGACUGAUUGCUUCAGAGAUGUAACUAUAGAAGUUAACAUGCAACAGCAAAUAAAUAAUGCAAAGUACCACUCAAAAUGUUACAGAAAUUACACCGCUGUGAAAAGGCCAUCCACAGAUUCUAAAAGUCAUUCUAUUUUAAAAACGCUACAAACUCGGCGCAACUCUUCCAUGCCUUCGUCAAACACCGAGGGUUUAUUGAAAGGUUCCUGCAUAUUUUGUAAUACAGUGCGUAAAACCAUCAACCGGAAAGUGGAACCAUUGUCAGAUUGUCUUACGAAAGAUGGUUGUAAAAGCAUAUAUGAUGCAGCUCCGAGAAGUAACAACGAGAGAAUCAAAGCAUUAGCAAACAGUGAGGUUGAUCUGAUCGCCAAAGAAGCCCAGUAUCACAAAUCAUGUCGCCGUCAAUUUUUCAAACAGGUUGAAGGGGCUACGCCGAAGAAUAAAGACGUUUCAACCAGGCAAUUGCAUUCCAACACCUUUGACGCAUUAUCAGCUUUAAUCGAGAAGGAUGUCAUUGGUAACAACAAAGCAAUGUUAUCAACCUCGAUUCUUGAAUUAUACAAGUCAGAAUUUAUAAGUGCUGGUGGAACAACAGACGACAUUGAAAGCUACACAGCCCAAGCAUUGACAAAAAAGGUAAAGGAAAAGUUUGGAGAGAAGAUCUCUAUAUCAUUGUAUGAUCAUCGGAAAGGAAAUUUUGUUUACAGUUCUACGAUGUCUGAUGCCGAGGCACGAUCAAGUAUUCAAGGCGAUGAUGAGAAGAGUUUCCAUGUGAUUCGUACUGCAGCUCUUCACAUUCGAGGUAAAAUACAAGCGAUGUCCAAAUCUGUAACACCGACGCCUACAUCUGUAGAGACACUCAAGUUGUGUUCACCUGACUUGCCAAACGAAAUACUACUGUUUUUUAAAACACUCCUUUGUGGUCUUCGUGAGCCCUCUGGUGUUGAUAACAGCGAAGCUAUAAACAGAAAGGUCAUUGGCAUGUCAUCAGAUGCAGUGUAUAAUGCAUCAAGAGGUACAGUGAAGCCUUGGAAACACACUUUACUUGGGCUGGGUUUAGGGACAUUAACUGGGUCCAAACUGGUCCUUCGCAUAUUGAAUCGAAUGGGACACUCCGUCAGUUAUGAUGAAGUAAAAUCUUUAGAAACCGAGGCAAACAAUCGAGAUUCUCCUGACGGCCUAGACCUCAGUCCUAUUCGAGGUACGGGACUUGCCUGGGAUAAUUAUGAUGUCAACAUGGAUACUAUUGAUGGAAAAGAUACCCUCCACGCUACUGUUGGGAUAUGUUACCAGAAUAUUGAAAAUGAAGCCUGCACAAUUAUACCUGAUAACACUUCUACUGUUUCUGGUAUCCGAAUUGGAAGGAAAAGACGCCAGUUUGAUGGGAAAGAACGAGAAAUUGAGCCAUAUUAUAAGCAACUUAAGAAAUCCCGGUUUCAUUUAGAACCAAAAGGAAGUCAGGAAGACGAAGAAGAAGAAGAAGAAGAAGAAAACAUUAUAGAACUCAAAUUACUUGACUUCUAUUGGUUGACAGAGUCUCAAGUAGACAAGAAAUUGCCACUUUUUCCGGGAUUUUGCUCACAGUUUAUCCAUGAUCACUUGCCUCAACAAAGAAUCUGGUACAUGGAUCCAAUAUCGGGCCCACCUACAAGAAACGAUGUCGUCCGUGAAACAAAGAAAAGGAGUAUGAGCGUGGCCAAUGAAACUGGUCAGGAGUAUGGUGUUGUAACUUAUGACCUGGCUGUGGCUCUCAAGGCGUACUCGAUCCAGGCGCUGGAUGCACCUUUGUUCGAUAAGCUCCUCAUUAUGCUUGGAAAUUUCCAUUUGGAGAUGGCAUUCUAUGGUGCCAUUGGAACGUUUAUAAACGAGAGUGGAGCGGAGUAUCUGCUGACAGAAUCUGGGAUACUUGCCGAAGGAUCACUGAUGGGUUUUAUUCGCGGAAAGUAUUACAAUCGAUGUACCCGAAUUCAUGAUAUUCUUGCACUCGUCAUGGAAAGGAAAUUGUAUGAAAGCUUCCUCUCAACCCUCGCUCCUGAAUGUAAAGAUGCCCUUGAUGACUUCUUCGCCAGUGUUCCACAGGAUAGGAGUAUGCAAAUUCACUGCCUCGAGACCAGUCCUAUCUUUCAGGAACAUAUGCAUGAGUACGAUCUAUAUUUUACCAGAGCAAUGAAUGGAGACCUUGGCCUAACUGCCCAAUACUGGACCAUGUAUGUCUAUAUGGUAAACAGAGUCCACAGGGAUCUAAUGCGUGCUGUGCGUACCAAUGAUGUCGAUGGCUACAUUAACAUACUUCCAGCUUUAAUUGACAUUUUUUUUGGACUUAAUCGACCAAAUUACGCACGUUGGGGCGUGUUGUUUCUUGAGAAACUAGAGAUGGCAGACCCAAGUAUUCGGGCAGUACUUCAAGCUGGUGCCUUUUCACUCCGACGCACGGGGAAAAAUUUCUCACGAUCUGCGAUAGAUUUAACAUUGGAACAGACUGUCAAUAGAGAUGCAGCUUCACCGAUGAGAGGAAUUGUUGGGUUUCACCACUCGCACAAUGCUAUCAGAAGAUGGUGUGUCACAUCCGCGCAACGUGGAAUGUCUGUAACAGAGCUCCGGAAAAUGACAGGACUAGAAGCAGUGGAGCAGCCAGCGACACAGCUACGGGCGUACAGGAUUGAAAAAGACAGUCGCCAAAAGGAUGCAUUGUACAAUACAGUCACAAAUUCGUGUGAUCCCUUCUCAUUACCAGUUACAACGUCGGUAUGCCUCUUAAACAUCGCCACCGGAAGAGCAGCAUCUCAAGAUACCAAGGAGUAUUUAACAAAGAGCAUUGUCUCUGGCCACGAACGGCACGUAAAGUUCCGAAAAGAAUGUGCAGAAGAUGAAGAAAGAAUGCUGCAGCCCAUCAAAAAACGAAAGGUGUCCAAUUUUGCACAGGAAAAUCUGAAGAAGAAGCGUGCAUCAGGCAAGGGAAAAUCCGCUGCUGAGAGUCUCAGAGAUGUUUUUAUUCGCAUACUUGUCAUCCUUUCCAAGAAAACGAAUUUCAAUCUUAGACAUGUAAUGACAUUUCCAAUUACGGAAUAUCCACUCUCCAUCGCACACUCAGAUGGAUCGGGACUCAAAACAGACAAGAGCAAGUUACUUAAUAAGCUAGAGGAACUACAGGAUGGGUUCUCUGAAACACCACUCCCAGUGAUUGACGUAACCUUAAUCGAUGGUGGACUAUUAAUACACUCUUUCCUAUGUGCUAUUGGGAAGAUUACAUCUUAUGGAAACCUCGCAAAGACACUUCUAGCAUACGUAUGUGGAAGCCGUGGAAACGAGGUCCAUGUAUUGUUUGAUACGUAUCGCGCAAAUUCCCUUAAAACGAGCGAGAGGAACCUACAUGGUGCCGAUGAUCACGCAUUCCUUAUAGCUGGUCCACAACAAGCACCAAAACAAAGUUGCCAGAAAUUACUGCAAAACGGGAUCUUUAAAGAUCAGUUGGCGAUGUUCUUACUCAAUGAAUGGCAGAAAGAUCAUUAUGGUGUAAUCCUAGCAAACAAGAGCCUUAUUGUAUCCCAUGGUGGCAACUGUGUUCGUAUAACGUUCAAUGAACAAGAUUCGAAGAUGAAUGUUGAACGUCCAACCAAUCUACAAGGCAGCCAUGAAGAGGCAGACACUCUCCUGGCAUUUCAUGUGUCCAGCGCUAUAGGAAAUGUAGUGGUCCGAGCCUCUGAUACGGAUGUUUUAGUCAUUCUCGUAGGAAUGAUAGGAAAGCACCUGAGCGAUGACAGAGCUGUCUUAUAUGGUCGCAUUAUUAUGGACUGUGGAAAUGGGAAUAAACGUCGAGAUAUUGAUGUAACCCGCAUUGCCUCUGUUUUGGAGACUAAGCAAUUUGGGUUGGCUGGAGCUAUGCCAGGUUUGCAUGACUUCACUGGAUCUGACUGCACAACAGCAUUCUACAAGAAAGGCAAGAUAAAAUCACUAGCUGUGCUCGAGAAAGACAAAGAAAGAAACUUCAUCGAGUUUUUCCGUGGACUGACUUCUGAACGUCAACCUGACCAGAGCCGAGCAGAAGAGUUUAUUUGUUCCCUGUACGGCAUGAAAGGUGACAUGAAGGAAGUAAAUGAGGCAAGACUUGAAAAAAUCUGUCAGAUGUCUGGGAAAAUGGACAAGGUAAGAUAUAAUUAAGUUGUUAAAACUAUUUUGAUGUUAUAUCUGCAUAAUUUAAUGCAUUAGGUUAUGGGAAUCUCUAUGAAGACGACGAAAUUCCCCCUUGACGGCGAAUGUGAAAAAUGUCGCACGAUCGAUUUUUUGUGAUCGCUUUCUUUUGAAUUGAAAUGUGUGCACUCAACUGCAGCUAAUGAGAUUUGUUCCGCUUGACUGUUUGUAUUUCAAAAGAAAGCGAUCGUAAAAAGUCGAUCGCGUAACAUUUAGCACUAAAUGGAAAUCCGCCUUUAAACAACUGUAGAUUUUCAGAAAUAGGUGUAUAUUUUGAGAAAACUGACUAGGUGGAAAUCGCGUACAUUUUUUCAGGAUAAUCCGAUGUCGAAUGUAAAGAAGGUUAACUGUGCACUUCUUCCACCUUGUUCGAAAACAGUCGAAAAGAAAUUGCAACGAGCCCACUUUAUCAGCAUGGUUUGGGGAAAUGCUGAUUCUGCACAUCCAGGAGGACAUUUAGAUCCUGUGAAUUUCGGAUGGAAGAUGAAGGAUGGUUGCUAUGUUCCUGAAUGGUUUUCGGGUUUUCCAAUGCCAGAAGACCUUUUUCAGGAAGAAGAGGAACAAGAAAAUUGUGCAGAAGAUUGCGAGAGUGACGAUUCAGAUUUUGCAAACGUGUUUGAUAGGGACAUUGGAACAAAUUCAAACUCUGACAAUGCUUGGAGUGAUGACUCGGAAAGCGAUAUUGAACUCUAA